CCGCGCCCGCACCGCGGCUUGUGCGCGCGCGCCGCGACUACUCGCCAGUCGACCGCCCGCGAACUGCGAACAUGGCUGCCCCAAAGGCGGCGUGGCACUGUGCGUGCUUUACACUAUUUAUUUUGACGGCGGAGGCUGUGCUCUCAGGAUUGUACAUCGAUAACGGUGUCGACCAGACGGUGAUACAUCAUUCUAUGACACGUAACGAACGAUUGGUCGUUGAACAUGAGAUCCUAGAGCUUUUGGGCCUGGGUGAGAGGCCUCGGCGAGUCCGUGAUCCGCCGCUGGACCGGUCGGCGCCCAGCUUCCUCAUGGAUGUGUACAAGCAGUUGGCUGAGGAGCACGAGCAGGCGCGGCCCACGCGCAGCUCGGAGAUGGCGCUUAGCGGCGACGAACAGCAAGCUAUCGACGAGAGCGACCUGAUCAUGACCUUCCAGAGCAAAAAGCAUCACCUCGGUGCGUUGCGUCACGGUCACGGCAGGCACGUGUGGUUCGACGUGGCGGGCGCUCCGGGGGACGCCACUGCUCUCCUCACAGCUGAGCUUCGGCUGCAUCAGGCUCCCGUGCAGACAGACCAGCCCACCAGCCUCUACACCGUUAUCGCUCAUAGAGUCCUCAGUGUUGAUAAUAUGGGGGGUUUGCAAUUGGAGCAAGUGGCAGCGGUAAAUACGAGCGCAGGCGCAGAGGGCUGGUUGGAGCUUAACGUGACGACAGCGCUGGCGGCGUGGCUGACUGCGCCGGCCGACAAUCGCGGCUUCUUCAUCACCAUGCACCCGCAUUCGCAGCCAGAGCGUCAUGUGAAGCCAGAGGAAAUUGGUCUGGAGGAGCCACGGGGCGGGGCGCCGGAGGGCAAGCAACCGUUCAUGGUAGCCUUCUUCAAGAAUGGGCCCAAGCUCGGUAACGCCGACGCAGGCGCACGGAGGAAACGAGAGGCGCGGCGCUGGCGCUCGCAUGGAUACUCUGAGAACUAUCUCAGGAAUCCUUUGACAGAUACAGCGCAUUGGACGACAAGAAGCUGCGAGAUUCAAACAUUGUACGUCAGUUUCAAAGAUUUAGAAUGGCAGGAUUGGAUCAUCGCCCCGGACGGGUACGGUGCGUUCUACUGCAGCGGGGAGUGCAACUUCCCUCUUAACGCACACAAGAACGCCACCAACCAUGCCAUCGUGCAGACUCUUGUGCACCUCCUCAACCCUACGCAGGUGCCGAAGCCGUCUUGUGCGCCGAUCAAGCUCUCGCCGAUAUCAGUGCUGUAUUACACAGACGAUUCAAAUGUAAUCCUGCGCAAGUACAAGAACAUGGUAGUCAAAAGCUGCGGGUGUCAUUGACCUCUGCGUUUGGGUCGAUCUACUACAUCAUCCAUCACAAUAUAACCCGUGUUAAUGAAACGAUUUUUUGAAACUGUCCGUUUAUAGUUCUCUCACUUAAUAUGGCGGUUGAUAAGUUAUGUGAUUCAUUAUCCAAAAUUGACAUACAUUGCUAGCCAAAUGUGAAAACAGAAUCGUAAUUCGACGUAAAAUUAAACAGUUACAGCGAACCGAAAUCAAGAAACGCGAAAGAAAUGGCAAAAGGAACGCUACAAUCUGAACAUUUCCCUACCACUUUAAUUAUUAGUUGAGAUAUUGAAAAGCAGAUUUCAUAUUAAUCUUUAGCAUAUUAAUGUGGGUACAUUGAUGAAAAUAAAAGAAAAAACAGUCAACAAUAUUAUAACCUUUGUCUAUACCUACACAUAAAGCAUCCUUGGCAGAGCAGCAACCUCAAAUCAACAGCCUUACGAUAUUUAUCUACCUUUAUAACAUUCACUGCAUCUAUACGUCGAAGCCCUCGAUAUAACCCCCUACGGCGGCCGAGAUUUCCAGAUACAAUAGUUUAACUACGGGGUUUGGUUUUAAAAGGACUUUUCGCACUCCACGGCGAGGUUGCUGAGCCGAGGGGCAGAUUGCAAAAACCUAGUUAUUCUUGGAAAUUGGUAGGUAUAUUUUAUAACGUUGGGAUUUGGGAUAGGUACGGAACCCUUGCGUUAACUUAGUUGUUCAGAGCUUUUAUUAUCAUUAAUACAAAAAAGUAUGUUCAGUUAAAUAUUAUGUAAGUACCUAUAUUAGCUAUGUGGGUAUAUUUUUCGAUGGAUUAUUAUAAUCGUUUUGUGUUGAACCGGGUUAUACCUACCAACCUAGUCUUCCAUACAUUUCCCUCUGCGCUUUAACGUUUGUAACUUGUUAUAUACUUAGUAAUAAAAUAUUCAAUAGACUUUUAAUUACUUAAUGCAUUUCGAUUGAACGAGAAUAAUCGAAUUUAUAAAUAUGUAAGUAGGUAAAGUGCUAUUUAUCUAUACUAUGCAUUACUUAAACUGUAGAUCUGUGUAGAAUUAAUUAGGUAAGCCAGUGACAGAUUUGAUUUGGUUUAAAAAUCUUUGUAUAGAAUUUCAUUAGAAUUUUAAAGAAAGCCUUUCAAGUCAAACUAACAUUGCUAUAUCGUGUUGAAAGUAGGUAAAAAGCUCUUUGAAUUUCCAGGCUACGUUUCUCAAAAACAAUAUAGAUGGAGCUGUAAAGAUUUUCUUCCUUCUAAUUUCAUGGAUAUAACAGACAAUGUAUCUUUUAUCUUUGUUUUUGGGUAUAAGUGACCCUUUUUAUUAUACCCAGGCACAAUUACAUCUUCCACCCAUAAUUAUUCUGACCAAAAUGAAGAGAAGCAAUAUAAGCCACAACAUAUGGUGAACCAAAUAUCUUGGAACAAUUAUUUUUGGUUAAUAUCAUAUUAUUUUUGGUAACGUAGCCUGAAAAGUUCCUUUUUGAAUUUUAUCGACGCGACAUUGCAGUAAAAAUGCCAUGUGAAGGUUUUAAAACUUUAAAGUGAUAAUGGUUUCAUAUAUGCAUAAAAUAUCAAUGUUUGUUUCCUAAGUAGGUACCUGUUUAUUUAGGAUCAAUGAACAAAACUAUGUCACAAACUACAUAUCAAUGAACUAUUAUUUUCACCUAUCAUACUUAUUUUGUAUUCUGUAAGCUUUAUUAUGUAAGGUCGCUUCUAAAUUGGGUAUUACUUAUUAUGUAACGUAAAUUAUUGUAUGGUAUACUGUAUUAUUAGUGAUUUAUGUGCCAAUUAAUUAGGUAUAUUGAUGAAACAAGUCAUUUUGUAAAAUAGGUAGAUACAAAUAGAGAUAAGAUUUUGAUAUUUUUUUAAAUAAAUGUUUUUCAUAUAA